UUGGGUCGUUCGCUUUCUCCCUGUUGCCCCCACCGGCGACCUCCGCCAGAAUAGGCCCAGCGCCAGAUGUGGGUCGGGAGGGCCGGGUCCCUGCUCCGUGCAUGGGGGUUAUGGCCAGCAGGAGCCCUCGGAAGGAGACCGCUAAGCUGCAGCGCUGCGUCGCCGGCGGGAAGCAACUCUGCGGGGUGUUGGAACUGCGGCAGUCCGGCGGGCCCCGUGAGGAAAGACGGACUCUUCUGCCCGCAUUGCCGGGCCCUGCAGCCACCUGACCCGACUCAAGACUACUUCAGCCUCUUGGACUGCAAACGUUCCUUCAGAGUUGACACUACAAAGCUCCAGCACAGGUACCAGCAACUACAGCGUCUUGUCCACCCAGAUUUCUUCAGCCAGAGGUCUCAGACUGAAAAGGACUUCUCAAAGAAGCACUCGACCCUGGUGAAUGAUGCCUAUAAGACUCUUCUGGCCCCCCUAAGCAGGGGACUAUAUCUUCUAAAGCUCUGUGGAGUAGAGAUUCCUGAAGGGACAGAUUAUGAAAUGGACAGUCAGUUCCUCAUGGAAAUAAUGGAAAUUAAUGAAAAACUUGCAGAAAAUCACAGCGAAGCUGCCACGAAAGAAAUUGAAUCUAUUGUCAGAGCUAAACAGGAGGAGCUGACUGACAGUGUAAGCAGAGCUUUCGAAGAAGAUGAUUUUGAAAAAGCCAAGGAAAUUUUAACAAAGAUGAAAUAUUUUUCAAAUGUAGAAGAAAAGAUCAAGUUAAAGAAGAUCCCCCUCUAACUGUUGCUAAUUUUAAUGUUUUUAAAAUAAAGUUCUUGUAGAUUUCCCUUCUAAUUUCUUCUAAUUGAGAAUAGAUAUACUGUAAUCACUUAUCUUUAUUCAAGCAUUACUGGAUGGCCAGGUUCAUCAUGCAAGUGGAAAUAUUUCUCACCAGAGCUUGUGUCAGUUCUUUAUGUGAUAACUGAUGUAUCUUGCCCACUGUCUGGGCCAGUGGAUGAGAAGAUGGGGAGAGAGCCAAUCUGAGGCCCUAUAGUAGUGGUCAACAACCUUUUCUGCAAAAGACAAGUAGCAUAUAUUUUAGACUUUGUGGACAAGACUAUCUGACAUUUACUCAAUUCUGCCAUUGUAGCACUUCAUUUAUAAGACAGGCAGUGAGCUAGAUUUGCAAUGGGCUUGCCAGCCUCCCCUCAGCACACCUACUUUCUGAUGGCAUGACCUUCACUGAUAGGUAAUUCCCUCAUUAGUGUGACUUUUAGUGCAUUCCGCAAUCACACAAAAGUACCUACAGGUCUCUUUGACCAUCAUUUCAAAAUGUGGAUAAUACUAUAAAGAAUUAGUCUGUUUUGGGCCUCCCAGGUGGCAUAGGUUAAGUCUCAUGCUAUCACCUCUGUGGCAUGAUUGGAUCCCUGACCAGGGAGCUGACCCCCAUGAUGCAGCAGACCUACGCUGUUUAAC